UGCAGAAAAGAGGUUCAAGGUAUCUUCUCCCUACACACCCAGGUGUCAAAGAGGAAUGGGUAACUCAUCCUCAAGCACCGUGGACGACCUGCAGGCGGUGGAGAUGCACCUCUGGUACAAGAAGUUCAUGACGGAGUGUCCCUCGGGUCAGCUCACCCUGCACGAGUUCAAGCAGUUCUUCGGCCUGCGUGGCCUGGACCAGGAGGCCAACACCUACAUCGAGCAGAUGUUCCGCACGUUUGACAUGAACAAAGACGGCUACAUAGACUUCAUAGAGUAUGUGGCUGCUCUCAGUCUGGUGAUGAGAGGGAAGAUGGAGCACAAGCUGCGCUGGUAUUUCAAACUCUAUGAUGUGGAUGGUAAUGGUUGCAUUGACCGGCAUGAGCUCCUCAACAUCAUAAAGGCUAUCCGUGCCAUCAAUGGGAAUGAAAGUCAGGAAGAUUCCGCUGAGGAUUUCACUAACCGCGUGUUUGACAGGAUCGAUAUAAACGGAGAUGGCGAGCUCUCCUUGGAGGAGUUUGUGGCCGGUGCUCGAGGUGACGAGGAUUUCAUGGAGGUGAUGAUAAAAAGCCUGGACCUGACCCACAUCAUGACGAUGAUCCACAAUAGGAGGCACAGUGUUUAGUGCCUGCCCCGAUGACUUUAUCCUUAUACACAAUUCAACCUGAGAGUUCAGUACAUGGCCUCUGAAGAAAAGGUCUUUCAUAGACUAAGAUUUCUAUAAAGAUUUAAACCAGGUUAUUGUAAUUCUGCUGCAAACUCUGACAUAUCUUAUUUCUAACCUCUAAAAGAAUCACAUAUGCAUUUGGAUGACCUUUGCAAAGUGGUACUUGUCUUUGUUUAUCGUCGCUGAGCUCUCCCAAGGACACCUUGGCACGAGGGAUGA